AUGCAGCCCAGGCCGCAGACUAUGCUGCUGCUGUUGCUCGUGACCUGGCCCCCCGCAGCCCUCCCCGCGCCCCCCACCUGCUACUCCAGGAUGCUGAGCCUGAGCAGGGAGAUCGAGGGGGCCUUCCAGAGCCUGCAAGCCACGGAGGGCACGGAGCCGUGUGUGAGAUACCUGCCCAAACUCUACCUGGAUAUUCACAAUUACUGCGUGCUGGCCAAGCUGAGGGACUUUGUGGCAUCGGCCCAGUGUUGGAAAGUGCCCCCAGUGGACGUUUUGAAGGACAAGGUGCGGAAACUGUACAUCAUCAUGAACUCAUUCUGCCGGCAGAAAUUGGACAACAGCAUCUUCUGUCAGCAGGAGGCCACCUUCCAGGUUCUGUGA